GUUAAUAAUAUAAUACUCAUAUAAAUUAAUGUUUUUCCACUUUGCAAAUAAUUGGACAGCACAAAUCGGCAUAUCUCUUAUCUUCCUUCAGAUAUCAGCAAAAUAUUUUUUGUUUGAAAACCAAACAUGCAUUCUAUAAAGGCUGAUGACUUAAGACUUGGUGAGGUACUUGGGGAAGGAAAUAACGGAAAAGUGUUUAAGGCUAGAUGGCACACAAAAGAUGUUGCUGUGAAGGAAAUAUUUGUACAAAAUAUAAACAAGUCUACUGAUUACGAGAUCAGAGAACUUUCACGCGCAAAUCAUGAAAAUAUCGUGUUUUUACAUGGUACUGCAAUCAAGGACAAUACUCUUUACCUGGUAAUGGAACUGGUGGAUGGCGGAUCUCUAGAAAAUUUGAUAUAUUCCGAACAGAUAAUAUAUGAGAUAGCUCAUGUUAUAAACUGGGCUCUUCAGAUAGCUAAGGGCAUUCAAUACAUGCAUUCCAAGAAGCUGAUUCACCGUGAUAUUAGACCGUACCAUAUUUUGCUAUGUGAUAGUUAUCGACAUGUGAAGAUUUGUGAAUUUUCGUUCGCGAGAUCCCUGAGUGCAUCGAUGACAAAUAAUAAGGGCACUGCUACUUAUAUGGCACCAGAGGUUUUUAUAGGUAAAAAAUAUACCGAGAAAUGUGACGUUUACAGCUAUGCAAUAACUUUGUGGGAAAUGUUAUCGCGAGUUAAACCGUAUAAUAGCUAUGACAUGAACCUAAAAAUAUCCAAAGCAGUUCUAGAUGGCGAAAGACCUUCCUUGGAUGAUAUAAAUAUUUCUUGUCCGGAAAAAAUAAAGAAACUAUUGACCAGCUGCUGGAGUGCCGAUCCAAAUGAACGUUAUUCCAUGACUCAAAUUAUUGAUGUGCUAAGUGAAUACCCUAUAGUCGUUGAGCAGCUCAGCUUGCAAAAGAAAAUGUCAACCCUGGAAUGAUCACAUGUUCCUUUAUUAUUGAGUCAUU